CGGGUAGACGACGUGUUGGGGGCCUGAUCAGGACUCGGAGUAGGCACUGUGGGCCCGGGUCGUGCCGGUCGCAGGCGCAGCGUGUGAGAGCGGCGGCAAUCAUGGACGAUGAGGAGGAGACAUACCGGCUGUGGAAGAUCCGCAAGACCAUCAUGCAGCUGUGCCAUGACCGUGGUUACCUGGUGACCCAGGACGAGCUGGACCAGACUCUGGAGGAGUUCAAGGCCCAGUUUGGGGACAAGCCCAGUGAAGGGCGGCCGAGGCGCACGGACCUCACGGUACUGGUGGCCCACAACGACGACCCUACCGACCAGAUGUUCGUCUUCUUCCCAGAGGAGCCCAAGGUGGGCAUCAAGACCAUCAAGGUGUACUGUCAGCGCAUGCAGGAGGAGAACAUCACACGUGCCCUCAUUGUGGUGCAGCAGGGCAUGACGCCCUCUGCCAAGCAGUCCCUGGUUGACAUGGCACCCAAGUACAUCUUGGAGCAGUUUCUGCAGCAGGAGCUGCUCAUCAACAUCACAGAGCACGAGCUGGUCCCGGAGCAUGUGGUCAUGACCAAGGAAGAGGUAACGGAGCUGCUGGCCCGGUAUAAACUCCGAGAGAACCAGCUGCCCAGGAUCCAGGCAGGAGACCCUGUGGCGCGCUACUUUGGGAUAAAGCGCGGACAGGUGGUGAAGAUCAUCCGGCCGAGCGAGACUGCGGGCAGGUACAUCACCUACCGGCUGGUACAGUAGCUGCCUGUGGACAGACAGCUGGCGUCGAGGGCCCAGGCAGUGGUACUCAUCCCACUCUUGUGAGCGCACCGCACCACUUCCCUCUCUGGAGGCAGCCCCAGUUCCGGCCGGGUUGUACCCAGCUUCUGUGACGAACAGUCACAGAUCACACGACUAACUGUCCGUUUCUCUGCCAGCAUGUCCCCUGGGGGACAGAGAGACUGUUGUGACCACCCCCUCUCCCCACCCCACCCCCGCUGCUCCCGGCCAGGAGUGUGGGAGCUGGUUGCCUUGGGAACCUUGCCUCUGCUCCCCCUGGAUCCUAGGGUGCUUCGCCUUGGGCCUAGGAUCUGCCUUUCCUGGGCUGAGAGUCCCUGCAGCCUCUCCUGGAUGCCAAGCCCUGGCCCUGGAUCCCAGCUGAUGGUGCCUCUGGAGGGGCCAGGACACCUCAGGGUGGCCCGGCAUCCUCUGGCCUCCCCUCGCUGUGUCCCCCACGGUGGCCCUGAUGCUGCCUGUCCAGGGGCUCUGAGGACAGCAGCGGUGAGAUGGAAACCGGGAUUUGGUUGCUUUGGAAUGCUGGGCAUCUUAAAGAAUUAAAGCUAUUUUGAGUAAUAAAUUCACUUAUCUGAA